GCCUUCUCGGGCAAAUUGUCUCCUUUAAUGCUGGAUUUAAAUAAUGGUUUGAAUAUUCUGUGAAAUUUUAUUCACGGACAGUAGUUAAUGAAAACACUUUUUUUUUUUUUUUUUUGCUUUGUGUAUGAGGUCAUGAGGUUUGACUCUGUUAGGUACUUAAGAGAUUGAAAUCUGUGAAAUGUGGUUUGGAAACCAGCAUGUUUUCCAGUGAACCUGGUUAUUUUUGACCUGAAUAUUUCUGUUAAAGUAUUUCAAAUACUGAUGUGUAGCACCCAAGUGAAGAUACAGGAAAAGCAUUUGCUGCCACUUCUAGUUCUGCUGUCUGAAAUGAGUUGUAACAUACCCAGAGCCAAGGAGAUGACUAGGGUAGAUUACAAGUGCAUGUGGUCACUUUGCCUGGUCAUCUACUCUUCCAACUUAGCAUUUACUUACACUAAUGUGAUUAUUUGUGGUAGAAAGUCAAAAAGCAUUCCAACUAGUGUGAUACACAAAGUGCCUGUUGCAAGCAGUAGUGCUUAUCUGAUGUUUAAAAAAUGCUCUGACAGAACUUGCUGGUUUAAGCAAGACUCACUUGUUCACAGCUGAAACAUUGGAACUCAAACUAUUUGGUUUCUACUCAUAUUUACCGUGAUCUUUUGCUGGACGUGGGAUAAUUUGUCACUUAUUCUCUCAUCGCUUGCAUGACAGGUGUUCCAGGAUAGUACAAUUUGCUGGCUAUGAGAUUAUUUUUUAAAAAAAAAAAAUGCUCAUUUCCAAACUGCUGCCAGAUUUCCUGAAUUGUUGCCUGUAUUAAUCAUCUGAAAAUUCACUGUAUGCAUUUCUAAUUAGCAAUGUAGUUCUGUUGCAAAAUGUUAAUGAAAAAGAUCAUGCAGAGCAGAGGCUCCCUCCUGGUUUGUUAAAGGAAUAACUCCUGGAAGUUAAUGGAAAGGAUUUCUCUCUAAGUGUUUUGAAAUAUCCUUAUAGUUUUUUGUACAGCCUUCUCACUCUGAGGAUUGACUGUAAUGAGUAGUUACAAACUACUGUGGUUAUAUUGAAAUACUGACUGUACUUUGCAGGAAGUAUUUAGUGCUGUGUAACUUUGAGCAACAUAUCUUUUAUCAUAUGAUAAUGGUUUCAAAUGUAGAUUGACAUUUAAAAUGAUACAAAGCUCUGUAUCCCACUGUUCCUUUUGUGAGGGAGACUUUCUUUUAACCCAUACACCUUUGCAAGUAGCUGAUGUGGUAGUCGGCGAUGUUGUAUAGAAAGUGCUCUAACAGCCGAGACAUUCAUCACAAAGAAACUUGCCAUGAUGAAAAACAUUCCUGGUUCCUGUAUUGCUGUUUUGCCAGAAGUAAGACUUGCUGGGUUGAAGUUGGUGUUGCUUCUCAGGUAUAACGGGUAGAAUCAUAAAUAGCUGCUUGCCAUCUGACACUGAAUCACUUGUCCAACAGGUUAAAUGCCUCUUCAUGUGUAGAGUAGUUAAUGGCUAAACAAGCUUUGUGGCGGGAGGAGGAAGAAUUUAGUGUGGAACAAGGGAUUGAAGUAGGAGUAAUGAAAUUAAGAAUAUCAGGAAAAACCUUAAUGGUGAGUGGCAGAAGCACCUUUGCUUGUCACAUGAACACUUGGCGUUUGACUGGGCAAAGCCGCUAAAAUGCAGAAAUGGAAAUAGUCUUGUAGUAGCCACACAAGAGCGGAUGACCUUAACUCUGUCCUUAAUGGCUGUUUUGUUUGGGGUGCCUGCAAGUGAACAGCAUGGGCAUGAGCUGUCUGCCCCGCCACCAGCGCAGGCAGUGCAGAGCUCAGUUGCUGAGGCUAACAUUAGGACUCCUGCUUCAUGCAUGCGUUUGUGUUGUACAGUCCAAAUGCGUAACAGAAUGUGCACCACAGCCUGGGGAAAUGUCCUCCAGCAGCGAUAGCGGCAGCAGCAGCAGCAGCUGUAGUAGCAGUAGCAUCAACAGCCCUGACAGAGUGUGCGGUGCAGAAACCAGCCUAAACCCGAUAAUUGCAGGAUCCAGCCCUGUCUCCUCUCAGUCCUUCCAUGAGCAGUCUGCACUAAGCCAAGGUCCUUACUUCCACAUCAACCAGAUCCUGAAGGAGGCACACUUUCACAGCUUACAAAGCCGGGGACGCCUUCCUACAUGAUGGACCAGCAGUUCCCUGCCUUCUGUGAAGGGACAGCACUGUGUAGAUUUGAUAUUUCAACUUAAAAGUUUGUUAAAAUGGAGUUGCACAAAAUGCCUGUUGCCUUUUCAGUCUAUAUUUGAAAUAACAGGUUAACAGGAAAUUGUUUACUUGUGGUUUGCUGCACUAUUGCAAUGCAAAAGGGGCUUUGAAGCAAUUUUUAUAGGAUUCUUUUUGGGGUGGUUAUAAAGUAUGUGUCAAGAGGAGACUGAGGAAUCCACAUCUGUGUUAUAGUAUUGCAAAAUUUCCAAUUCCAAUAGACUGCCUAAUCUGUUUGUUAGCAAUUUGUUGCUUUAUGUAAAGUUCUCUCAAGCGUUCAUCUUCAGUUUUAUAAGUCUUUUUUAAUUUCAAUAAACUAGUAAAAAACUUA